UUGCCCGUGAUAGGCUGCUGCUGUAACAUCCCGAGCGGUACAUCAGCUGAACUGUAUGGUCCUGAGAUUACACAAUGCACCCUGAAAAAAAAGAGCAACACACAGGGUCCCCUAGCGAUUCACAAAGAGAGUGGAGGAGCAUUGCUGAAGCGUUUUUGAACGGGGAAAGAAGUCAUGUUCAGCGUUGUGUCCGUUCACCCUAGGAGAUGAUGGUAAUCAAAAGUAAUUUAUGAUAAGAAGACAAUACGGAGGCAUUGGAAGUCAUCUAAACCAUCUCCAAGUUAAGCGUGGGAAGAAGAGGGAGAACAAUGGAUAUGGCAGUGGAUGGACAAUCCACCAGAAAGGAAGACUUGGAACCUCUCUUCAUUUUAGAAGAGGGAGACGACAUUGGCAGUGUUAUGUGCAAUACAAGUAUAGUCAACAGCCAAGAGACUGUAAAGAAAAUUCAACAAGACAGUGGAGAUACCAUCAAAGAAAACCACCUGCCUGUAGAGCAACUACAAGAAUCGACUACCUGUGAGUCUGAGGACGGGACUGUAAAGUCGAACAUGCAAGAAGAGGAGAGAGAAGGUGAUCCAGAGAAGGGGACACAGAGGGAGAUGGAGACCAAAGACAGCGCGGCUGCUGACAUAGACGUGAAUAGGGAGAAUGAAGCAAUGCAGAGAACAGAGGAGAGCGUACCAGAUGAACCCCCAGCAGUGGGUGAGGGAGCAUCUCACAUGCAGACAACUCUUCAAGGCACAGACGCCACAGCCGAGACAAAAACAGAAGUCGUACUAAGGCACAAAACACAACCCAGUGCAGAAACAACGAAAAAGUGUAAAGACUUUUUGAGUCCAGACGAUGCACAGAAAAAGGUCAACAGGUUGAGUUCUGAUUUCCCAGACGCCCUGUAUGAGCUGGUGUACUCCGUGCAGGAGGGCAGAAGACUGAAUGACCAGCGUUGCUCUUUCAGACUAGAAGGGAGACGGAGGUGCUAUUCUGAGCCAGGAACCCCUCGCCAUAGUAACAGAGUCAUGUUCUCCUCGAUGACAUCACUGCAGAAGGAGGAGUUCUUUGACCUGGUGGCCACGUCUCAAGCCCGGCGUCUGGACGAUCAGAGGGCUGAGCCCGAGAGCAUUAUUCCGAUUCCUCCACAGCCCCAGCCGCCCCCAGCGCCCCCAGCUAAUGAGCCCAAAGCCUGUGACAGGAAGCUGAGUAUCAGGGCCAGUGUGAUGAAGAAGGCAACCAAGGCGCCACCUCCUAAAGACGACCUAUACAAUAUGAUCCUCACAUCCCAAGCCCAGGGCAGACUGGAGGAGCAGCGGAGCAGAGCUCCAGGUCCGAUGGAUGACGAGGACUUCUUCUCUCUGCUACUGAAGGUUCAGGGUGGGAGGAUGGAAGAGCAAAGGACCGAGUUUCCUGACAAAUACUGAGGGAAGUAAAGACUGAAUGGGCUUAUUGUUACACAGAGCCAGACAAUGCGUUACAAGAAAGGUCAACAUCAAGACAGCCAUGUAGGAAUUAUAUCUAAAUGUGAUGGUGGUAAGCAAGUUUAUUGAAAUAAUCUAGCACCUUUUUGAAGACAGGAGUCUAAAAAUAGUGUUGCAGAUUCAAACUGAAAAAGCAGCAAAGGUAACAUGAGCGAUUUCUAAUGUUGUGGGCUGACGGAAGGCUGGAGGAGGAAAGGCGCCCUUUUUGUUCAGAGCUCUGUCUUCAAAGUGCCAGUCACCUUUCGAGCAUGAAGAUGAGGUUUUAAGAGGCCACAGUCUGUUUGAGCUAACCAGCACGAGUCCGUCAUAGGCAGACAUGUCAGGCUAUGUUGUACUUCCCUCUCAUUUGGAGCAAUCAAACUUACUACUGUAUGUAUUAUUCCUUAUGUAUGUGAGUGGAUGAUUUUCAGUUUGUAUGAGUAUUUUUGGAUGGCCUUGAUGAUGUCUUUAUGCAAUGCUUAUUGAGGCAGCACUCAUUUCAAGCUAGUCUUACAUGCCUUACUGAUCAAGUGCCUGAAAUCAUUAUAUUACUAAACUGUUGCUGUCCUAAGAAUGUUGUAAAUACAUUUGAUUGUUAAUGUUGGUAUAAUGGUAUUACUGGAAUAUCCUCACGCUUGAAAAGGGUCAACACUUGGAUAUGUCCAGAACACACGGGUAGUGUAAAUAGUAAUGUGUUCUGAAAUAAAUCUUUUGGGAUAAAUGUCUUUGACAUUUUUAUAAGGUGAGUGGAUAUCCACUCCUCUCUUGGCAGGGCUAGUUUUUCUUAAAUAUUGUUUUAGAUUCCCUACAGAUCUGUCAAUGCCAUCCUGCGGAGGUUUGUGUGUUCAGGGGAUCUUAAUAUUGCUAUUUAAAAACAGAAUAUAUAGAAUAUAUUGAAUUAUCAUAUGUCUGCAGCAGUGUCCUUUUGGAGGUUUCUUAACUGGAACAUUAUUCAGAUUAUUGCAACUGUGAUAAAGGCAUAUGUUGCCUUAAAUGCUCUGUGAGGGGCUGGAAAUGGGAAAAUACUUCAUUCUGAGAAACCAGUUUCUGUGCAUAACCAAAAGUCAACAUGUACUGUAUCUUUGCCUAAUGCACAUGUAGACUGUUAUGGUUAAACCACUAUCACCAAACACUUUUUUUACAAACUGUGUGUGUGUGUGUGUGUGUGUGUGUGUGUGUGUGUGUGUGUGUGUGUGUGUGUGUGUGUGUGUGUGUGUGUGUGUGUGUGUGUGUGUGUGUGUGUGUGUGUGUGUGUGUGUGUGUGUGUGUGUGUGUGUGUGUGUGUGUGUGAUUGAUAUAACUUUGCAAAACUGUUUUAAAAGACCACCUGUAAAAUACAUUCAUUUCAAAUACAUUCAUCUCACAAAUAAAUAAAAAAUGGU